AUAUCAGCUGAUGUACGAAGGGCUAUAUAAAUAAAUUUGAUUUGAUUUUGAUUUGAUUAGUGAAUUACUUCAGGAGUGUGUGUGUGUUUGUGUCUGUGUAGUGAAUGACUUCAGGAGUGCGUCCCUGUCCCUGCUGGGGAGUGAUUACAGGAGUGGCCAGAGUUGAGUUCCAACCUGUCAACUGGCACAGUGCACUACAUGGACAGGCCACUGGAGUAGCCAAGGACAUCCAGAGGAUCACUCUCCCCAGUAUCAGUCGUCUGAGACCAUUCACCUUUGACACUCUGCUAGACCUGUUCUUCUACAACAGUCCUACCUACUGCCAGACCACAGUGGACACUGGGGCCUCAGAGGUUAACAAACUCCACUUACUGUUCAAACACAGACAUGCAGAGUUUACUGGAGCAGUGUCUGUGGUUGGACGCAUCAUGGGUUAUGGCAAAGGUGACCACAGAUGGUGUCUAGAUGCAUGGAAGAUAUAAUUAAUCCAAGAACAGUGUGAGCCUCACCCAACUCUAACCGGCUGAAGUAAUGACUACAACGGCUUUCACUAUGGCCCUGUCCUUCCUGAGUCCGAGCCAGCAACUUGUGCACAGCGUCCAGUCGAAGCUAUCAACUGCCUUUUAUCUCAGGAGUGCGCAAUGUAUCCACGUGGAUUGAGCAUGGAGAGAGAUCCCGUCCAAACUUUUCAUGCUGCUGGUGUACUGGUUGGAAAAAAGACAAGACAUAAUGGACCGUAAAGGAUAAUGGUGGCUCAGGUGAGAGAAAUCGGGACAUUAUCAAGGGCCAUCCACUUUGAACAUGAGCAUUGGACAAACUGAAAGACUAUCUGAAGAAGAAAUGGCAGAAGAAUGAGUGCCAGGAAGGAGGGGAGUGGUCAACCGUGCCUGUAAUUGAUUUAGGCUUGUGCAAAAUUGUUUAUUUGGGGUAUCAGGUUGAUCUGUCAUUAACAUGCCACUCGUGACAAAUGCUCCAGCUCAAAUGUCAUUGCCAGAAUCCAUUAAUGAAAUUGUGUAAUGAAGCAUAUGUGUAGCUGUAUGAAGCGAAGGUCUUAUGUUAAAACAUUCUACUGCAAUGGUUUUACAAGUAAGGGCUAUGGAAAGAGGAUCAGUUUCUCAUUGGAUUGUACAACCCAGAAUGAAGGGUUUGAAAGUCUUUGGUUUCAUGCAUUGAUUUUGUUUACUUAUGAUAAACAAAGGAGGGUCUAAGUAAUAACAAAAUGAAUACAAUUGAACCUUUUCACACGUACGUGAUCAUUCUAGUGGUCCCUGUAGUGUACGAUCAAACCGGUGUGAUUAGAACGCUUAUUUAGAAUGGUCUGUUGCGUCAUUCGAAACUAUCAGCAUUUGAGCUGGUCACAGUUUUCAGAAACAUUUUGCACAAACACAGUCCUUAAAGUGAUGUCCAGAAUGUGAGCAGUUUAUUUUUGGAUACAAUGUUCAGACAUUCACAGAAGUAUCUACAGCAUAACACAAUUAUUCAAACCGGGAAAAACUUAGGCUACAGUUGUCCGAGCACUAACUGAGGAAAGAUUGAGUAACACAAAUAUGACCACUUAUAUAACUCUUGGCUGACGAACUACAAUAUGAAUUAGCUAAUAGAAAUUAAUCACAUCACAGCUGAGCUCACCAUUGUGCGAAAGAGAGUUAAACUCUAGUGUUAAACUCGAAAGUAAGCUGACGAUGGGUAGUUUCUGUUCGCUGCCAUGCUUCUCCCCUCACAGAAACCAAAGCUAAGAAGAGGUCUGUUUAUAGUAUGCAUGAAUGGGGGUGCGUCUACCAUCGUUCACAACCCACCAUUCAUUUCCAGAAGUUCUCAAAAAUGAGUGAACCCUUAUUCACCUCACUAGGUUAUAACAUCUUUGGUCUGACAGAAUAAUGUGCAACCCAGAAUGCAUUGUAUGUCAACAAACAUGGCUCCACACAAACAGCUGGAAAUAGUUUAGUUCAUCAUAAUCAGUACAACUUCUCCCUGUUCAGGCGGCGCUCUGCGCUCGGCGUCGCCGGUCUACUAGCCGCUACCGAUCCCUUUUUCUUUUUCUGGUUGUUUUGUCUGUGUUCCUUUUCACACCUGGUUUUCAAUUGCUUUGAUUUCUGUGGGUAUA